UCGUAAGAGAUGGGUCGGCUCUAAAUAUGGAGGUAAUUACGUCACUCUACAAGGCGUGGUUGUCGAACUGGUUGUGCAGGUUUGUGGAGGGGGUUCCCCUCCGACGAACCACACCCCCACAUCUGCAGUCUUCCUACUGCGAUCGAGCCGCUAGCGAGCCUCUAGCAGCAAGCCAGAUAUGGCUACUGGAGGCGGGGAAAAGGUCUGGACGUGGAAGAAACCACUCCCUCCAAGUAAAGCCACACUCAGGAAGGUCUUUGAGAACACCAGUGACCUCAGUGUCCUCUGCAGCUGGCUCUCCAUCCCUGAUGAUAAGAGAGAUGUUGACAGUGCAGUAGAGUACUAUGUACAGAGUACAGAUCCAAUGAAAAUGAGAAAGAUGAUAUUCAUCUGGACUGAUUGGAGACACAGCUCUAGCAGACUCAUUGAUGGAGUAUGCAGAGCCCCCAGCAGGUAUGGCUACAAUAGAGAACACAACACAGCCAGUCAAUUGUAUACCUCUGGCUAUAUUGAAACCCACCACAGCAUGAGCUGUGUGUACAUCAUGUUGACAUGUGGAAGACUAGAUUUUGUGAAACUGUCUUGAAGUAGCCUUCUUCCCUGACUCUCCCUCUGCAUUAUAAUAGGUUUUGCUGGAAACAAAAAGCACUGAAGUAUAAUAAAUUAUUAUAAUACAAAAUCCUUAAUGAAAAGGCACCCUCGGUGCAAGGAUCGUGCAUGCAGCGUUGAUAUGCACUUUACACAUGCUCUUAACAUGAUUAAUGUUUGGGAAUAGUCAAUUGAUGACAGUGGCUGGUCCUCUCCUCAGAUCCAUCCCUCAAUCCACACCUCCUCAUACCAGUCUUUACUGCCAUAUCUGGAGACUGGGGGAAGAUUAUCUGGCUACACUACAGUACCAGAUGCCAGGGCUGCUCUCUUCCGUGAGAAGUUCAGUGAUCGUGAUCAAGUCACUGCUGAGGCUGGGAAGUACUACGCUCUCUAUCAUCAUGAUCCCAGCUGGAAAGACUUAUCCC